UCUUAGGGAGUGCAUUUAACUGAAGGAUAACACUAGCACAUUGCUGCUGUGUCCAACCCUUAGACUAUGGCUCUGAAGAUUUGUGAAUGCUGGUCCCUGCUCAUCUUCCUCUUCCUCCCUUUUUGUCUAUGUCAGGAAGAAUACUCGGAGGUGAGCGUGAAAGAUAUUGCAAACUUGACAAAAGUAGUUGAAAACCCUGAAGCUUCCAGGUAUUUAAAGAGCGAACAGACUGAAGCUGCAAACCAUAUAGGUGGGGUUAAUUCAAGACAGGCUGCAGCUGACAAGACAGGAAAAGUACAAAAAAAGCCGAAAAGAAACAAAUUUGAAACUAAGGUGAUAGAACAGCCAACUUCUAAGGAACAACAUGAGAUUGUGGAUAGGCCUGCUCAUUUCGAAUGUAAUCGUUGUUGUCACCGAGCAGAGCCUGGUCCCCGUGGAUGGCCUGGUCCUCCUGGCCAAGCUGGUAUUCCGGGAAACCAUGGAAAUAAUGGAAAUAAUGGGCUGCCAGGACAUGAGGGUGAGAAGGGAGAGCAAGGCCCUAAAGGUGAUAUGGGACCCCGAGGAGAACGUGGAAUUCAGGGCAUUAAAGGAGAAAAAGGACAAGCAGGCAUCCCAUCAGAACUCAAAGUUGCUUUCAUGGCUUCUAUGGCAACUCAUUUCACAAACCAGAACAGUGGUAUUAUCUUCAGCAGUGUGGAGACCAAUGUUGGAAGUUAUUUUGACGUUAUGACUGGAAGAUUUACUGCACCUAUAACAGGUGUUUAUUUCUUUAUUUUUAACAUGAUGAAGCAUGAAGAUGUAGAAGAAACAUCUGUCUACCUAAUGCACAAUGGAAAUGUCGUCAUAAGCAUGUAUAGUUCCGAAUCCAAGGGAAAGCAUGAUACUUCAGGAAACAGUGGGGUCCUUAAGCUUCAAACAGGAGAUGAAGUUUGGCUGCGGAUGGGAAAUGGAGCAUUGCACGGUGACCAUCAAAGACAUUGUACGUUUUCUGGCUUCCUUCUUUUUGAGGGUAGCUAAAAAUAUUAAUUACUGAUGAAGGUCAGGAAUAACAUUCAAUGCAGCAUCAUGGAAAUAUAAUUAAACAUUCUGAUCUAAAUCAACCCUGUAUCCAUGUCUUUGCAGAGAGAUGAAAAAACAUUCAUGAAUCAUAAACAGUCAGUUCUUCCUACUUACAUUGCUUCUCACCAAAUAUUUGAAGUGUUUUCAUUCUGACUCUGCUUGUCUUAUUCCAUUAUCAGAUUACUGAUGCUAGAAAACUUACAUUUGGUCAUGUAUAAUUUAAUUCUAGUUAAGAUGAGGGCAUUUUCUUUGUUUUUAUGUUACUCAAAAUCUCCUCUUGUAGAGGAGAUGGGAUAGUCUCAAACCAGAUGUACAGUUACGAUAUACUCAAAGGUGAUCUGACCUGUUCAUUAUGGAUUGCCUAGUGCCAAUGCAGAUAAUAAUUUUAGUAUGUUCGUUGUAUUACCCUUCCCAAUGUUAUCAUUUAAGAAGUGGACAAAACUUGGGAGAAAUGUUUGAAUAUCAUUUGACUGCCAUUUGUUCUUAGUUUCUGUAUAUAACUCACUGCAAUAGCAAGAGAGUGUGUGGUAUAACAUAUUUGCAAAUGAACAUUUUGGCUUCUAGCAAUAUACAAGAAGAUUAUAAUUUGACGAUGUUCACAAAUUGAAUAGGUCAACAUAAACAUCAAUUCUAUGUUGUGCCUAAGAAAUAUAAAGUUGGACCUACAAUAUUUAAUCUUUAAGAAUCCAUACAUAUGAUAACAAAAACAAACUACAAUAUCAAUAAAAUGUACUUCAGGAAGAAAUUUUACAUUAAACAUUAAACAAAUUCACAGCCUUCAUGGCAAGAUUGUGUCAAUAGAGUUGAUCAUUUCAGGACUCAUUGUUUUAAAAAUUGGAAUGUUACAAUUUAAUUAACAUAUGCAAGUAUAGACACUAGUAUCUUGCAGAUCAGGAUUAUUGUCUUUUAUGAUGGAGAUGUACAAUGCCAACAAAUAAUUUAAGUACAAGAUGUCAUUGAUUCUUGAUUUAUUAUGAAUGGCAUUACUGAUAUAUUAGUUGAGAUUGUGGAAUUUGUUUCGACAGAUUGGGUCACAUAACAUUUUCUCUUUUGUUUAAUUUUGUUUCCAUAUAUAUUAAUGACGUGAACAACAAGGAAAGUUGAACUGAAUGACUUGUUCUGCCCUCUUGUCCUGGUGUAUAAUAGAGGUGGUCUUAAUUUGUUUUCUUUCUUCUGCAGUCCUCUUUUAAAGCAAAAGAGGCAGUUGUGCAUUUCUCCAAACCCUAUCUGAGAAUUUCAAUUUAAAAGUGACCCACACCAAUUCCUUGGAGUUAAAACAAAGUAGAACCAAUAGCACAUUCAAAACACGACAGAGUGAUUCACAGCAUAUAUUCACACACAUCUAUCCAAGAAAGGGGGCAAAGUUACAAAUUAAAAAUUACAGGACUUGGAGUCAAAGAAAUUGGUAUUAGUUAACAUGAAUUAGUGUUCAAUGGAGGCCCUUUCAGUGGCUGUACACAGAAGUCUCUUUCACAGGAGCUCCGAUGCAUUGAAAUUGUAGUUGAAGGUACAGCAGCUGCAAUUUGGGAAUUGGUUCACUUUGCAAACAAAAUACAGAGGUUAGACUUUGAGAGAGGUUGAAAGCAUAAGCAGCCAUUAGAUAGGGCUGGAUUUGUUUACUGUGCUGUAACUACAAGACUGGAGAAAGAAUUCAAAACUGAUAUAAUUAAAGGUGAUUCAGUCAUUUUGAUCAUGUGACAGAGGGCUUCAUGGUUUAGCCACUCAUUUAAAGAUGUUUUGAUACCCUGGCCAAAACCUGUAGUUGGAUUUGAUUUAUUUUUCAAUAUUUAAUAAUUUUAGCAAGGUUGAACAAAUGAAAAUUUUUCUUUUAAAUUGUGAUCAAUGGCAAAACUCAUUUGAAAUUAAGAAAGCCAUGUGGCCCAGGUCAAAAGUAAGGUUAUGGGUUUAUGGUUUCUAUGUUUUAUUUAUGACUCAACCUUAUGCAAACUUAACCUGAAAUAUUUGAAAACACUUUAGUGUAAAAGGAUUUUACUCCAUGACACAACAGGAAAGUAUGUAACUGGCAUAAUGAUUUGUAUAUUAAACUUUGGAAUCAGGUUGUGUUUUGAGUUUUGCAGUUGUUUUUGCUUUUUGAAUGUAUCUAUGGGGACAUUGGAGGUAACAAUUGUAAUAAUAAGGUAAUGAGGUAAUAAUACUAUGGCUUUAAGAGGUGUAUUUUGGCCUUUUUUUAAAUGAAGAAAGGCUGAGACAGUGGUGCUAGCAGUCUUUUCAAAGCCAAUGAAGUAAACAGCUUGGAACAACAGAAGCAACAUGAAUGGUGGUGGUGUUUGUGGGUGGGGUGGUGCAGGAUUUUUAGUUUCAGCUUUCUGCAGCUACUAGAAUUUUGAAGCUGGAUGUGGAAACUCUUACUCCUCUCUCUGUUACAGCUAAAAACUUGGGUUCUCCUCCUGCUGCUAGAAUUGCAUGUCUGACAAUCUAUUUUAGUGAAUUUGCCAUUGCCAAGUGUGCGUUUAUGGGAUGUUACUAUAUGGGAAAAGUUAAUUAUUUGUAGUUAACUCAUCUUGUUAAACAUUUCAAUGGAUGUACAGUUAAGCCAAUUCUCUUCGUUUUGUUGUU